CCCAAGCAUCAGCCUUGCACGGUUUUUUAAAGUUUUGUACUGGCAACAUUUAAAAAGAAAAAAGUUACCCCUUCCACUACUCCCACCUGGCGACGGUUGGAACCGCCAUUUUUACUUCAUUAUUCAUUCCCGUGCUCAAGCCUUCGCACGCGUACCUUCCACUUUAAACAUGGGGAAACGGAAGAAUGAAGAGGAUGAGAUUAGGAGAAAAAUUAAGAAGCUAGAAACCAAAUUGCUACGACGGACACGUGGCCGAUCAAGAAUUCUAUAUUCUUCAGAUUCUAGUGAAACAGACGGUAAGUACGACAUGAUAGUCGAUUCUGAAGCACGUCAAGAUCGAUGCUCGUCGCCGCGCGGCCACGUGGCCGCGCCGCCGCCGCCUCGCGCCGCAGCGUCGUCGCCAACACCAGCGCCAGACUCGCCGCAACAACCACCGCCUCAGCCCCCGACGCAACAAGAGCCGCCGCGACCAGCCUCUCCGCGCCCAGGCCCGUCGUCUGCUCCAGAUCUACCAGAAACUCAACCGCAGGUACUUUCGUCUUCCGCGCAGGAUCAAGAACUUGAUGACGACAUCUUGCUAAUGCUAGGCGAUGCUCCAAAACCAGAACUGGCGUUAGGCGACAGCAUACACAAGGACGUGGCCAGUAGAUGGCAUGAAAUCUUACUAAAAGGUUUACAAAAGGAGGUUAAAGAAAAACUUUUUCAAGAGUACCUCGUGCCCAGCAAUUGUGACCUCUUAGUUGCUCCUACUCUUAACGCUGAGGCUAAAGCGGCAUUAACAGUUAGUUCAAUAAAAAGAGAUCAUGCCAUAAUGGAAAAACAGAAGCAAUUAGGAAUUGCUCUGUCUGCUCUCGCGCAGGCCACGGAUUUAUUGCUUAAACCAGAUGCAUCUGCGCAAAAAAUCUUGAAACCAGUCAGCGAUGCUUGUCGUAUCUUGUGCGAUAGCCACUACUUAGAAACAAAAACACGUCGCUACUUCGUAGUUUCAUCAGUUAACACCGAUCUUAAAGAGACUCUUACUAAUACGGUUAGAGACGGUUUCCUUUUUGGAGAUAAUGUAACUGACAAAUUAAAAGCCGCUCAAUCUAUUCAAAAGUCUGGGGAAACAUUAAAACAUACACCAAAACCGUUUAACAAUCGUUUUAAUAAAAAUAAUUUUGUACUUAACAAAAAGUCGCAGAAAAACAAUUUAAACUUCAAACCCCUGCAUCAAAGGACGCAGAGCAAGCCCGAUGCAGGGCACUACCGGCCGCCGCCGCGCUCCAGCCGCCCGAGCGGCGCCCACGCCCCGCGCCGCUCGAGCUCGCCGCGCCGCCGCAGCCACCGGAGCUACAGGAGAUAGCUGAACACGA